AUGGGAUUUUUGAGUGGUGUUCUCAGUAACAUCCAAGGCCAUUUAGGGCAGCAUAAAAAUGAAAUUACACAAGCAAUUGACACUCUUAACAAAAAUAAACACGCCGGUAAAAAAGGUUUUAAUGUUGCGAUUGCGGAGGUGGUCGAAGGGGUGGGGAGGUAUAAUGAUGCUGUCAGAAAUUCCAACAACCAUGUCAAGAGCAAGAUAGAAAACUUGUAUAACUACGUCAAGACGGAAAAUGGAGGUAAGUUACGUAGUGAAAUUCAAAAUAUGCAGGACCCGGAAAAUCCCCUUUACUUCGAGUCUGCUGUGUUUAACGCCGAGAAUCUAGUUAAGCAAGCUGUUGCCAAAUCAACGCACUUUGCAACUGAGCUUAAUAGAGCAACUAAAGACAUCAAUGAUUUUAAUUUAGAUUGCAAAACUAAUGUAAAUCACGCACUGAAAAAUGUUAAGCACGAAACCGAGCGACUGGAGCAGUCCGCUGCUAAGGAGGGUCGGGAGCUGAAGGCGACGGAAGAUGUAAUCAAGACAACGCUUGAUAUUGCUAAGCAGAAGAUUAAUGAGAGCAUUAAGGUAGACGUGAAAAAGCUCAUCGAAAAAGUUAAGACUGCAUUACAGAGUAUUUUGACUCAGAUGAGGAGGAUUAGCAAGGAAAUGCAACGAUGCAUCGCAGAGUUACAGGAAUGGAUAAGCAAGGUGGAGAAAUUUCUUGGUGAAGAUAUUGAGAAGCACGUGAAAAAAAUUGUGAAGGAAAUUAAUAAAGAUGACUCAUACGAACUGCCCAACCAAAUUAAGAUUGCCGUGCAGAAUACAAAAACAGCAGUUGUACAGCUUAACGGCGCAGGCGAGGAGGGUAGAAAGCAAGUCGAAGAUAAUGUUAAAGCAGCGCUUGAGCAGGUUAAAGUGAUGAAUGAUAAGCUGAAGCAAGAUUUGUAUGCCGUUAAGCAAGCGAUUAAGGGGGCAAUUACUAGGUUGGGAGAAACGUUGAAAAAGAACGUUAAUCAGGACUUGGGGGCGUUGAAGGAGAAAAUUACUGAAAAAUUCAAUCCUAUUGCUACCGAUGCUACGGAAUUUUUCAAACAUUUCAGCUCGACGAAAGGAGCGCUCGAUAGAGCAAUGAGAGCAGUGGCGACAGAUUUGGCAAACAUCAAAGAUCUCUCUAGAAUUGGGCGCAUCACCGACGUCCUAGGUUUUGUUCCACUUCUCACUGAGAUCGGUAAAAAUGGACAAAAUCCAUUCAGUUCUGUUAUGGAUUAUUUCGGGGAGCUGGACAUUUAUGUAAUGUCGAAGGUUAGGGAAUCAAUGAACAAAAUAGGUGAAGCGAUUCGGCAGUCUUCGCGCAGUGCUCAUUCAUCGGUUUCAUCGGAAUUGGAAGCUGCAUUGCGGCAAGCGGAAGGGGAUAUCGCAAAAUUUAGAAGCAUUUUUGGAAAUGAUAUGACACGUCGCGAUGUUAAUUUCGACCAGGUUAGGAAAGAAUUGAAAAACAGGCUUGGAAUAGAGUUUGAUGUAAAGGGAGAUCUGUUGUCUAAGUUUAAUCAGUCGCAUGGCUCUCAUCGUAUGUACAAUCGCGUAAAUGUUUAUACUCCAAACAAAAAUGAAAUGGUGUUCAGAGAGCUCGGUCAGAUUGCCCAAGCCGUCUCAGAUCAUUCCGAGGAAAUUGUGAAAGCAGUCCUGGGUAAAAUUAAGAGUCAAGUUAAAGAGGAGGUCGAAAGAGUCGCAAAUGCUAUUAGCACUAAGGUUGCUGAAUGUGACGGGCUCCUUUCGAAUAAGGAACUGAAUGGGAAAGUGGAAUCGGAAAAGCUAAUUGGCCUUGAAAAGUUAGUAAAUGAUUUCGGAACGAGGAUUAACGUGAAGCUGGAUAACCUUCGAAAAGAGCUUGAAACCAAAAUUUUCAUAAAGAAAAAUGUGCGAAGUGGUGGCAUCGACAGUGAACAAGAUUAUGAUCUUGGGGCUUCAACUGGUCUCAUGACCAACUUCCACGCUACCUACGAGAACAACCUCAAAGACGGCGAUAUCAAAACCGACGGUGAAGCCGGAAAAAGUGUACUCAACACGGAGAUCGGCGGGGAUAAUAUGCCACAGGGAGUCAGUGAAGCUAAUACAAUAUCCGAUAUUAAUAAAACGAAAUAUCAGAAUUACGAUUCUCAAGUCAACCAAGAUAGCCUUACGCUUGGUGACACAGAACGGUUUAAGGGUGCACUGCCAGCUAAGGUAAAUGAAAUUAAGUCGCAGGUGGUGAAGGCUCUGCAACCUAUGGAGAGUCUCAAGGAUGAUGCCAAUAAAGAGUUGAAUAAGGUCACCACCAUCCUCGAUGCCCUGUGCGAAUCCGUCAAGAAGAGUGGCGACACCCUUAAUUCCAAUCUGCAGUUUUUGACCGGCACGUAUUUCGAGGACUACAAUGCGGCCAAACGAAAUGCCCCAAAUAGCAUUAAGAGAAUCAAACACCAGCUCAGUGAACUCCAUAGUGCCGAUUUGGGCAAAGUCAUACAGGAGGCAGGGAAGUUUCUAAACGGCCUCAACUUAACAUGCGACUCCACCAUCCAGUUGCUCGGGAACUCCGUUAAGGAGCAGAUCUGCUCAGCCGAAAAGACGUUGACAAGGCACCUUAGGAAACAAUACGUUGAGGCUGUGAAACAGUUGUUAACGAAGUUCGCCGACAAGGUAACUGAAGAACUGAAGCCGUUGCCCGAACAAAUUCAAAAAGACUUGGAGCAAGGCCACAAGAAGUUCAUGAAAUUAUUUGCAGAUAACUUCGUUAAUGAACUCAGAAGCAUAGAAAGUAUUAAUCCCAAGUCUUCAUCCAAAACAGAAUCUCCCCUGAGCAACGCUGCGAAAACGUUCGAAAGCUCUUUCAGAGCUUUCUUCAAAGUGUUCAAAGACCUGACGGACUUUAAGUCUGACUACAGGGUUAUUAGGCCAAUACAUAAAGUGCUGACCAAACUGCUGGAAGACAUCAAAAGCUCUCGAUAUUUCAAUCACGACUUUAACAUGAAUUUAAAUGAUCUUAAUAGCUCUCUCGCUACCUUCACCCCGUCUAAAUCCCCAAAUUGCAAAAACCCUGUGAUCCUAGAAACGCUCAAGAAUGGUCUAUUGGCCACGUGCGAACAACUUGGUUACGCCUACAUCAAUACGUAUGAUAGCAUGAGUAUAACAUGGGUUAGCGAAAGCGACCCGGACAGAAAACACUGCGCAAAAAUAUGUAUGACUACGUUUCCUGUCCUAUAUAACGCAUUGGCUGAGCUGAAACAGGGACUUGAAAAAUCUGAGAAAUCAUGGCAAUUGUACACAAUGUAUAAUUCUGGAAAUAUGGAUUCUAGCCUACGUAAGUUAUUCUUCGGUGAAAACGGGUACGAUGUUGGCCGUCCGGCUACAAGCCCAUAUGGAGAGCUAAAUCACAAGUCAACAUUUGACGGCAGCAACGUCCUAGCUAAUCUAAGCAACAAAACGCAUAACUUGUUCAGUCCUGGUCACGCUCGACUUGCCGGUGCUCUCAGCUCAGGAGCACAUAUCAUACCUGUGGAAUACGCCGACGAGGACGGAUUGAUCCCGGACCUCUACGCGUUGCUUAAACCAUAUGCUCAAGUCUGUCACCUAUCCACCUUCUCAUCGACUAAGUCGCCGUGCAGUGUCUUCGAAAUGCUUCUCUGGUGUUCCGGUUUACAGUUCAACGGAGUAUACGAUAAGUUGUGUGAUUAUUGCGAUUCACUCUUUGACAAGGUAGCGGAUAACGCUGACCCUGAGCACAAAAUUCUAGCGCCAAUUGCUGCGUAUCCGAAGGCGAUUUCGGCGUUUGACGUAUCUGCUGCAAUUGAACAUAUCGUGUCGCGCUCAUACCAACUGCUGACUGCUGUCCUCGGCACGGGAAACGCAUACACCAUGUACGCCUGUGACUUCCCUAUCAACACUCUCGGGCUGAAAUAUCCUACCUCUGGCGCAGAUUGUCUUGACAUGCUGCUUGACGUACUUCGUAGAUUGUGUCCCGUACUCCAUUAUCUGUAUAGGCAGUGCAAUAUCACUGCGAAUUACGGUGGAUGGCGUGACUGCUGGUACGGCAAGGACAUAAAGACAUCCAAGUGGCCAUGCAAAGUUCAUCCCACCGACGUGUCAAAUAAUGAACGAAUGUGCCAGGCAAAUUACCAACCAAAUUGUCAAUCAAAUUGCCAAGCAACAUCCCCCUUAAUGAGCUAUCUUCACGACUCUCUUCCUGGUCACCUGCCUCACGAUAUAUCAUCCAUCGGCUGCAGGGCUGUGUGUUCUACGUGCCCUAAGGUUAAGAAAGGCAUGCCGUGUCUGACACCUCUCGGUUUCAGGGGGUUUACUGGUAGUGUGAAGACGGGUAGAGAGCUGUGUGAGAUACUACGUGAUUUCUUUGCAAACUCAUAUAUAACGACGCUGUUCGGCUUAAUGCCCAGACCGCCUACGUCACUACCCGAGCACUUCGAGUUCGCAUUGCAAUUAGCAAACGUGUUGAAUAACGAUGGUUCUGGUAGAGAGGCUGUUAGUGCAGCUUUCGUCAAAUCAACGAAGGAUCAAUCCAUCGACCUUUAUAAUGAACCAUCGAAGCUUACCAUUGCGCUUUGUAAUGCUUAUAACAGCAACAAAAGGCACGACGGUAUGGAGCAUCCUAACGUUUCAGACGCCGAUUUGUCAACUUUGUCGAAAGAAACGACAUGUAAUUAUCCAAACAAAAACAUUCAUUGCGCACCAUAUCUGUCGACCUUAUACAGCGAUUACUACUACUAUGCUGCCGAAAAGCACACUGCUCUCUACCUGUCCUGGGCACUGUAUUCAGCGUGGACGUUAUACGAAUAUCUGAAAUCGUUGCUAGAUGCCUUCGGUAACAUUUCCUGUCAGGAUUGGGGAUGUGACAAAUGCCAACAUGGAGGCAAAUGUAAACCAGGCAGACAUGGCCUUAACUACAACUGCCGAUGCAAAGGGCUUGUUGAGUGCCGCGGUGUAAGGAGCAUCUUUUACGCCUACGGGUUCACAUUUGGUAAUGCUGAAGUCUUAUCUGACUUUGAGAAUAAAAGAUACUGUCACAAUUUCUACAAACAACUGCAGAACGUAUUAAAUUCCAAAUGUUUCAUUGACCUCUUCCAAAAAUGUGACGAAUUCAUAUUCACCAUCAGGCAGCCGUUUAUAUGGCUGAACAUCGCACUCUGGUCACUGUCCCUCUUCUACCUCAUCUGCGUGAUGGUUGGUCGCCUGGACGUUUUCCACAUCCGAUCCCAUCUCAGAUCACCCUCAUCGCACACCAUCACUGCGCAAUCACUGUUGGCUGCAGCGCAAGUCGGAAGGCUUGCCAAGAUAACUUAUCUACAACCGUAA